AUGGCAAUUCGCCCGCUCAAUUCGAGCCUCAUCUUCGACCGGCGCGUUAUACUCGCUCUCACGGCUGCCGUUAUCCUCGCCUUCACGUUCGCCUUCCUCUACUCGCCCGACCUACGUCCCAGCUCGGAAUGGCUACCACCUCUCAGCUCGAAACCUACCUCCACCUUCUCCGCGCCGCUCAAGAACACCGAAGACCCCUACAUCGUCGAGCUAGACUACCUAGCUAUCAAGCCAAACGUCUCGGACAAGGUUAGGUUCUACUGGAACAUACCAUAUGCCGCAGAUGCAGGAGGCCAGAACAGAUUUCGCGGACCACAACCGGUGAACAGGACAUAUGGCGUUGGUCGAGGUGAGAAGCCUCUGGUGUGGGAUGGAUCAUUGGGCAUGUGCCCAAGAAUCCAGAAGAUUGAUCCAACCCAGCGAAACAGGGAAGAUAUCUCAGGACCGGACGUUCUGGGUAUCAAGACUCGUUCCACCGAGGAUUGUCUGAGCUUGAACGUCUUCACGCCGAUUGACGCUGAGGCAGGCGACGACCUACCCGUUUUGGUCAACAUCCCCGGUGGUGGCUUCCAUCUCCCAGGACGCAGCAAUGGAGGCGAGAUGGUAGAGAAGGCGCGACGUGAAAAGGGCGUGGACGGCAAACUCGACAAGGGCAUCGUUGUAGUCACCAUGUACUACCGCAACGGCAUCUACGGCUUCCUCUCUGGCAAAGAGAUCGCAAAAGACGGCGACUACAACAAUGCGCUGCGCGACCAGAGAGCGGCGCUGGAAUGGGUCCAGAAAUACAUCAGGUACUUUGGAGGCAACCCCGACCACGUAGUCAUCAUGGGCACGAGCGCUGGCGGCGCGUCCGUGAUGCUACAAUUGACGGCCAACGAAGGCGACAACUACCACCCUGUCCCGGGUGUAGGCCGCAAGCAGCUCUUCCACGGCGCCAUCGCCCAGUCCCCCGCGAGUCCGACCUUCUUCACCCCCGACCAAGCCGAGAAGUUCUACAACGAAGUCGCAGAUGGACUGAACUGCACAGACAUCGCAUGCGUGCGCAACGCAGCGACAGGCGACCUCUACUACGAGAACUACCCGAUGAACUUCCCCGGCCGCGACACACCCCCACGCUGGAUGUGGGCGCCAACCACCGAGCCCGCCGGCGGCAUGUUCACAGCGCCCGCCCCAGCAGCCAUAAUGGCAGACCGCUACGCCAAGGUCCCCACCAUCAUCGGCUUCACCUCGAACGAAGGCUCCGACCAAGUCAAAAAGACCACCGAUAACGAAGGCGAAUUCAAAUCCUACCUCAAAGACCACUACCCCCUCCUCACCGACGAAGACCUCUCCACCCUCGUAUCAACCUACCCCAACGACCGCCACUGGCCCGACAGCGGCGCUUGGUGGGACGCCGUCGCAAAAGCCCAAGGCGACAUCCGCUACAUCUGCCCUACCUACCUCGCCUCCAACGCCAUGUCCCUGCACAACCCGCCCUCCGUACCCACAUACCAAUACCAAUGGGACGUAAUGUGGGGCCCCGACAUAGAGAACGGCUACGGCACCAAGCACGCUGGCACCGUCGGCCAAGUCAUGGUGCGCCGCCAAAACGAGAUUUCGGACUACUUUAUCAGUUUUGUCAAGUUUCUUGAUCCGAACCGCGAACACGAGGUUAUUCCUAGGGAGGGUGUUAAGAUUGCUAAGUGGGAGCCGUUGGAUAGUACGGGGAGGCGCAUGUUCUUUACGAAUAUUAAGGAGGGUGGGCAGAGGGGUGAUGGCCAGAAUAUGUAUGGCAAGAUGCGCACGGAGAUGAGGGGGAGGGAUGAUGAGAGGGAGAGGAAGUGUGGGGUUAUUAGGGGUAUGUUUAGGAGGUUGCAGUUUGAGGGAGUCGAGCCGCUGAAGUUGGAUUGA